UGUUCAAUAUUUUGACAUUUAUUGAAUGCGAAAUGAAAAUCAUUACUUGACCAAUAAUUUGACAGUUUUUUCGGCAAAAUAGAAAACAGUUAGUAUAAAAUUUGUGAAUUGCGUUUUUUAUUUUUCAAUAUAAAAGGCGUUCAGUUAUUUCAAUUACCAUGAUUGGAGAACACCACUGGAAGUGGCUAAAAACUGAAGACUUGAGUGGUUAUACUCUUAUAGUUCCCAGUGUUGCUGUUGGAAAUGUGGGACAGCUCGCGUGCGAUUUAUUAAUUUCUUCCUUAUCGAUGGACAAAAUUGCAUCGAUAUAUACGCCGGCACAAAUUCCAGUAAUUGGGUGUGAUCCUUACGAUCGCAAUUCUACAACCUUAUCGACUUCAUGUGAACUUUUUAAAGCAUCGUCACACAAUUUACUUGUUUUGCAAAUGAAAGCACCCCUGGUAUUCAAAUAUGCGCGAGAGUUUCUAGAAAAUAUAGUAGAAAAAUUUCAAGAAAAAAAUAUAAAAGACAUGAUAAUAUUGACCAGCAGUUAUGCCCAUGAAAGAAAAUAUAUAAUGACAUCACCUUUUAGAUACAUUGUUUAUCCUCUUACACACUAUAAGUUACAAAUUGUGAGGAAUAAUAUGAUUGACCAUGAUCAACAAAUAGAAAAUGAGAUAAAAAUAUUUGGUGGAGGAUUUGCAACAAUGCUUUUCAGUAUUUGCAAAGAAAAAUCUCUGCCAUGUUUUUUGUUGUACAAAUAUUGUUCAGAAGGUGAUAAUAUUCCUGAUGGUAUAGAAAUGGUCAAACAACUUCAUCAGCUCAUUGAAAUUUUUGAAAAAGAUAGAGACAUUUCAGCACAGAUAAUUCAACCGGAGUCUUGGAAGCUUUUAUUUGGCAGGCCGCCUCCACAAGAUAUUUAUUAAUUCCCAUGAAAGCAUUGUAAUAGCUAUUUAGGUAACCUUUUUGAUAAGAUACAACUAAAUUAUAAUGGCAUUUGCUUGUUGAAUUUAAUCAGUUCUACUACAUACUGUAGGAUACCAGAAUUUCAACCUCAGCAAAUUAAUUUGUUUAUGUCUAUUGAAUAAAAUAUUCAUCUGG